CAAAUUAGUGUGUACAUGUAACCGGAAAUGGAGGGUCGGUUUGGCCCUUGAGACAAAAGACAAAAACGCUCAACGCCAUACGACUGGACUGGGUUUACUUGUCCACCUUGGCCGGCGCCGCGCAGAGUGCUAGGCUUAAUGUUCCGAUAUCUGAUCCAGGUGCGUAUAGUGCGGGCUGCUCUACCCACCUACCUUUCAUCAUAUCAAACACAACCGCGAUCGCGUUGAUGUUGACAAUAAUAAGGGACUUGUGAUACAUACAUUGGCCGCACACUCCUUAGGAGCAACAGUCUACCCUCUAAAGCAGCGCGCCCACUUUGCUGCUCUCGAAUCGACACAUCAUCUCGCCUUCCCCGAUGUUCCAACACACACACACACACACACACACACCCGCAUAUAUGUACACAUACACAAGCAACACACUGAUCGUACGGUUUCAGAACGCUUCUACUGCAAAGCGACCGCGAAUCGUCAACACCUUCUACUUACCUCUCUAGUACUAUCUCUCUCCCAUUAUAUCUCUCUCACACACACACACCGUUUUGCCGUGUGCUAGAUCAGGUCCAUAUUGGCAUGACGACGGCUGGUUUCCGUGUGUGUGGUGGAGGGAGGGGACUUGUGGAUUAAGGGCGCCGAUGAUGAUGUAUGUCUGCUGUCGCUACCUUUUCCGGAUGUCCUGUACUCGUUGGAUGUGAAGAGAAAGCGAGGAAGACGUUGCGAAAGGCAGCUGAUAAAGCGUUACAGUUAUGAACAAUAUACACACAAAGCAUAUAAGUAUACAUACAUACAUAUAUAUGGAAUAACUAAAUAUAUAUAUAUAGUUAUACAUGCAUAGCCAACUUCCACUGUUGCACAUAAACACAUGCAAAAACACACAUACACACCGUGAAGGUCAAUGUGAUUAUUCCGAUAUGCUGGUCAUAUCGAUUUUAAGGAACGGCACCGACAAACGUUGAUAAUCGUCUCUAGGGAAACGAGUAAGUGUGUGUUUGUUCGUUGCGAAAGGAUAAGCGUGACUAGAGUAGUAGGCGACGGACUAAUGACAAGGCAACUAGCGAGCAAGAGCUGCUGCUUCUCUGCACAUAUUGGCUCUGGCGGAAGCAAAAGCGCGGAUUAUAAAUCAUAGUAAAUGGAAAGAAAAGGGAAAAAAGGAAAUACGUUUAUCAGAUAACAAUUAGAAGCGAAGAUAGAGAGCCUGUGUGCGGAAUAGAGGAUGCACUAUCGCGGCGAUCGGCCGUAAAGCGAGAAGGGAACUCACUCCCUCUGCAGGCCCUAAAAGAAUGGAGGGAAAAUUGGAAUAAAAUUAACAGGAAAUCAAGCGAAACGAAAUGAAAAGCGGAGAGAAAGGAGGCAAACCCCAAUCUCAACACUUGUGUCGAACACACACAACGUCAUGGAUGUGUCCGUGUGUGUGUGUGCGUGUCUCACUCAAGCCGAAGCCUAACAGAAACCAGUACCAGCGAAUGGAAAUGGUUUAUUAAAACUAAUAAAUGGUUUAGGAAUGAAAAAGAAAACAGAAAGAGAGAGAAAGCAAAUAGUCAAAGAGACAGCUGCUUCAAGAGGAAUAACUAUUGUAAUAGAAAAUCCCAGACAAGACAAAGGAGCAACAACAGGAGUACUACUAAAAACAGAAAAGUAUAGUAAUACAUAAACGUAUAUCUAGCGAAAUCGAUGUGGUCUUCAAUAAACGUGUAAGCAAAGAAAACAUAAAGAGAAAACUAGUUGGGAUGGAGAGAAGGACAGGCUCCUUGGAAUAAUGCCCCCUUCGACCUACGGUCCCCUUUCUUCCCCGAACUUACUGGAUGAAUGUUGUAGGCAAACACCUUAACUAAUCUUGGUGGAACUCAAUUGGACAACCAUAUUGGCAAAUUAUGCAUUGGUAUGCAGGGAACGAGAAUGAAGCAGUAUCCCGCUAUUACAACUACUGCUACUAUUACUUCCAGAAAGAAAAGCAAAGUAUUGUGAACUGGUAAGGCAAGCGACAGAAAAGAGCAAGAAAAAAAACUAAACCAAAACCAAUUGUAACGAAUUGUUUCAGUCAACUCUGAACACAAGAACAUAAGUCUGUCUAAUAAAGUGUA